AAAAACAAAACGAAAUAAAUGCACUAAAAUUAAAUGAAUAUGGACUUGCAUGCGGUUGCUCUAGUGUUAUUGGCUCUAAUUACGAUCAGCACGAAAAUGAUGAUGCCAUUCGGUUAUGUUGGUGUCGCGCAGGACGAACGCAAAUGUCAGUACUUGAGACCUUCGCGCAUGCUCAAAAUCCGUUGUUUCAAUAUGGACUUGAAGGAAGUGCCGCAAAACCUGAAGUCAUCUGUUGAGAUUUUGGAUCUCGCAUUUAAUCGUAUUAAAAAACUCAAACGGAAUUCAUUUGAACGUUAUACAAGCGUUGAAAUAUUAGUACUCUAUGAGAAUAAGAUACAAUCGGUGGAGCCGGGCACAUUUGCCCAACUAACAUCGUUGGAGGAGAUAGACCUGUCGAACAAUGCUCUCGUCUCAAUACCAUUGGAAAUUUUUCAAUUACCCUCGCUACGAAAUCUCUAUGUUGAUAGUAAUGAGCUUUUCAAUUUGGAUCGCGAUUUGCAGGCUCUUCAAACGCCCAUACAAGCACCAUUGGAAUAUUUGAAUGUUGCAGAUUGCGGCUUAACAAAUUUACCCAAUUUGGGUGUACUGCCAAAACUUUGGCAAAUAAAUGCCUCAACAAAUCCAUUGACUGAUCUCACCAUGGAUACACUAGCCAAUACGUGCAAUUUACGUACAAUAGAUUUGACUAAAACAGAAUUAAGUAAUUGUGCUUGCCAGCAGGUGACACGGUAUUUGCAAUAUGUUGGCGCCAGUGUCAAAUUUGUGCCAAUAUGUGUUGAAACACUCGAUAAUAGCAUUUGCCCCGAUCCAUAUAACAUAACUGUCGGCUCAACGACAUUUCACGACUGCAAAACAGAGGCAGAACUAGCCAAAGUGCUUAGCAGUUGGCGUUGGUGGAUAAUUGCGGCGGCAGUGGCAUUGACAGUGCUCGUCUUUACAUGGUACUGUUGUCGACGUAAUACGAAAAAGAGGAGGAAGAAGAAGAAGGCAAUGAAGGCCAAGCCCAAAGCUAUACCUCUGCCAGCAAAACAACAGCCGCUGGUGUCGCCUACGCUAGCGCUGAAAAGUCACAACGAUCGUACGAUGCUGCAGGACUGUGAUUGUGCGUAAUUUAUAAUUAAUAUUAAAUACAUACAUAUGUACAUAUAUAGUUGGUCGCUAUAAAUAAUUUUAAGUGUACAAAUUAAAUUAAAUUCUAAAUAUGUUACAAUCUAAAGAGUAAUUAAUUUAUUUUAUGGCGUACAACAGCGACUGCAACUUGUUAUAACCAGAGAAUGCAAGCACUUAAUUGCUGUAUUGUCGUUUAGUUACAUAUUGUAUAUAAUUUGUAUCCAAAUAGUUUCGAAUAAAAGUGUAAUUUUAUUGAAAAUCGCCAUGCAGCCAAAAAAAUAAUGCCAAAAAUUACGAAAAACGAACUCAAAUAUCGAAUUACAACGAACUGAGGGCGAAAUCGUUUUGCCACAUUUUCAUAUGGACAUACAUAUAUAUUUUUUUCUUAUUUACACACACACACACAAAUACAUUAAUAUAUAAAUAUUUAGAAAAUAUUAAAAAACCUAAAGUAUUAAAAGUUAUAACUUUAGUUAAGUGUUAAAUAUUCAAAUAAAGUGUAAAUUUUCGUUAAGUGAACUUGCAUAUAUUUAAUAUGUACAUAUAUAAAUUCAUGCAUACGUACACAUGCUAUAAUAUUAUAGCAAUUUAGUCACAAAUCCAUAUAUAAGUACAACUGUAGAAAUUGUAGAAAAUAUGAAUGUUUCCUAGAACCGGAACUAAAGCCAAAUCGAAAAGGUGCCUUAAAUUGCAUUACUGCAUUUACAUAAAAAAAAAAAACAAUAUGUAAAAGAUAUAUUAAUUUAGUUUUGCAUUAAUUAUUUACUAUUUGAAUAAGUAAAGAGCUUAAUUUAAGUAUUUAAAUCUACAUGAAAUUUAUUUAUUUACUAUUAUUGGAAAUGAGUAAAUGGAAAUAUUAGUAAUUAAUUUGAUGUUCUUGCUAUUUUUGUAAUAAAUGUGAAA